CUGUCAUUCUAUUGUCAAAGUCAAGUGAUUGUCAAAUGUGAUCUAACAAUCUAACAACAAAACUAAAUGGAAUUGUAAACAAUUUUUCAAUUUUUGCAAAUUUGCAGACGAGAAUCAUUUCAGGAAUGUCCGCUUUGAAUAUGCAUAAUAAAUGGCACUGCGCAGCUAAUCCAAUUGCUAAGACUCUAUGAAUUUUAUACCAUUUAUAUAAUAAAAAUGUGAAACUUUAGAAUGAGGCUGCCUGAUGGAAAAUAAAGGCUUUUAGCAGUUACAAAAAAAUACCGCAAAUGGUACUCAAAGCCAUACGGAUGCCUCAAAGCAAGGCUAUUCAUUGUUAUCUUCUCAUGACUAUAUGGAUCUUAUUGAUCAUUAUUGGUGUAUACAAGUUCAUUGAACCUAAAGAGAAGUUGGUAGAGCCCAUUUUAGAGACAGCAGAUACAUGGAAUCGACUAAGUGUUGAUGUCAAAACCAAAAGAAUAUUUAAGAUAUGCAAUUUUCCUGAGGAGAUUACACCUGGUAGUGAAGGAAUUUUGCCAAGCCAGAAAUGGAUGCUUAAGGGCUUAUUAAUUUUGAUAAGGCAUGGCGACAGAGGGCCUCUGCAGCAUGUCAAGAAAAUAUCAUCUAUCAGUUGUAACUCUAAAAAUACUGAUUUGUUAACUAUGUACAUGGCAUAUCUCACGAAUCAGACUUUAUCAGGUAAGGUAACAUGGGCUGGUCCAGGACCAUUUCAUGGAUUUUCAUUCCUUCCCACUCAUUCAACACAAUGCCAGUUGGGACAAUUAACAAUGCAAGGCAUAUCACAAUUGUUAACACUCGGGCAUAUUAUGAAAAAUAGUUACGUAAGUGUAUGGGAAAAACUGAAAACGUUAGAUGUUCAAGAUAUUAUAGUGUAUAGUACCAGAUAUAGAAGAACAUUCCAAUCUGCUUUGGCCCUACUAUUUGGGCUUAUACCUCAUGAUACUUUAUCUAAAAUAAAUUUAUAUGAAAGCCAAAGUAUGAGCUUUUGUUUUAGGGAUUGUGGUUGUGUUGCUACAGAUAAACUAUGGAAAAAUGUCAAAAAGAAAAUAUCGCAACAGCUACGAUCGCAUCCUGCCAUCGAACAUUUGGCGGAAUCUACGGGAAAAUAUUUGUUUUCUUCGAAUGCUGAACAGGGUGUUUUAAGUAAAGACCCUCAUUCUGUACGCGAUGCAUUGCUGAGUUUUGUUUGUCAUAGAAACUCGUUGCCUUGUGAAAUGCCCGUCGGUUGCAUAAGGAGACAAAAUAUUGUUGGAAUAUUCGCAUACACAGAUUGGGUGAAUUACCAAAAAUGGAGAAAUAUCAGUUGGAAGAGAUAUUGUUUACUAAAAUCCUAUGGGUUAAUCAGGCACAUCGUUCAGCAAAUGUUACACAUGGUAUCUGGUAAUGGUCCCAGCUUAGUCCUGUACUCAGGUCACGAUCACACCUUAGAACAGCUGGCAUCUGCGUUAGGUUUACACCACGAUUCCUUCCUUCUAAGGUACGCAGCACGUAUCAUUUUCGAAGUGUAUCAGGAAAACAGAACGGUCAAUCAGGCAGAAGGAAUAUACUUCCGGUUAUUAGAAAAUGGGAAAGAUGUCACCAAACAAAUAGGAUUCUGUAAAAAUACGGUGAAGGUGGACAGCAAAACGAGCUUGUGUAAGAUGGAAGAUAUUGUCAGGUUUUUACACGAUGAUUACUUCUCAUCCUUGAACGUGACUAAUUUCAAAGAUGCCUGCACUCAGAAAUAUGUUUGGUAGUUUUGUCGUUAUAAUUUAAAUUUAUAGAGAUAAAGUAUGUUGCCGAAAUUCUAAA